GUCUGGUCAGCCACUCCACAGUCACCUGGAGCGAACUAUGGGGCCUUAUUCCGCCCGCUUUAGAGGUUGGGCAGGGAAAUACAUAAACAAACAACGAAUAGGACUGACGGUUUCUUCUCCCGUUUAGUUUUAUCAGGCUCGUGAGCUCUCUUCAUUCAGAGCGGGCUUCGUGGUUUUUGUUCCCCCUUUCUAGAUGUAGGAGCAAGCCUUGCUUCAGACUGUGGCUCCCUUGGGCCCGGAACUUGUUUUUAGCGCCGUAGCUCAGCGCUGGGGCACACGGGAUAAUUGAGAAACGUCUCUGAGGAUGGCCAGGAUUUCUGUGCCUUCACGCCUGAAUAACUAUAGAUCGACCGACCGACCGAAACCUGAGAUUUCACAGCGUAAGCACUUCAUAAAUAAGUCUGCAAUUCUGUACGUUUACUUAUCUAGGAGUAAGACCUAUUGAACUCGCUUGCAGAUUUGUAAAUCAACAGUCAAUUACAAAAUACGCCAUAUGCCUCCAGUCUAUACUCUUCAUAAGGAAAGUGACCCUGGAAAGGUUUUGUUGCUGGGGAACGUGUGCACCGCGAACCAAAAAAGUUUGAGAACCACUGGAUUAGAUAGAUUAACCCAAGGAUGUUAUGCUGCAAUUCACUUGGCUGCCAGCAGGUGGUGCUGUGAACUACUGUGUGAUGAUGGACUUCUGAGAGCUAAUGGGCCAGCAGAGGAGGAAGACAGACAGGCUUUGGUUAAUGAACCCAUCAUGAAGAUGAUCAAAGGGUGCAGCAGACUCUGGACUGGGUGAUGCACAGAUGAUGCAAACAGAGGUGUGGGCUAAUGUAGCUACCAAAGUUCUUAGCAGUCUGUAUCUGGUGUCAAGUUUGUUUUGGCCUUUAAGUCACCAGAAACAGAUGAAGUGUAGAAAUAGGGGACCAGAUGAAUCUUUCUUUUUCCAAGUUAUAAGCAUGCUCCUGAAAGUUUGCUCUUUUUGAUCUGGGUAUGUUGUCUGUACAAAUGAUAUCCUGCUGUUUGUGACAUACUCAGCAUUAUGUCGACAAAAUAAAACACAAAGGAAAAUUUAUUUAGGAGAAAAAUGCCAAAGAAAAAGAAAAAUCUUGGUGUGAGCCCAUCAAGAAAGAGCAUAAACUCAGAGACAACGGCUGCUAUGGCUGCAGACUUGGUACCUUCUUCAGUAGAUCUAACAAUGUUGCAAGCACCACAUGGGACUGAUAAAGAAGAACUCUUCAGCAGUCUUUCAGAAAUGUUUUCUGACUUGGAUCCCACUGUCAUUUACAUGGUGCUUUCUGAAUGUGAUUUCAGAGUGGAAGAUACUAUGGAUUAUCUACUAGAACUAUCUACAGCUGCUAAGAAUAUAAUAUCUUCAUCAAAAGUCGCAGGUUUUGAUUCCAUAUCUGCAUCACUAGUUGGUGAAAAUCAGCCAAGCUCUGUUACUACUGAAACAGAGUGCCAAAGCUCUGCUGCAAUACAAAUUGACAAGCUUAACAAAGAAUUUAAAAAGUCCUUGUCAUCUGAAGAACUGGUUUUGUUGCAACAUAAUUCUUCUGAGAAAAAAAAUCUAAAUAGUGAAAUGAAGGAUUCAAAAAAUAAGCAUAUCUCAGGUAAUCUGUCUCUGACUUCAAACCACGGUAGUUCUGAUCAUGUUAAGGAGUUAUCUGAGUGUGCAAAUUCCAGUUUGGGCUAUAAUGCUGUGCUUUCCUCACAAAUAAUGGAAACAGACAGUGAAAAAUUAGAAACUUUCUUCACAUCAUUUAAUCCAGGUUAUGACAAACCCUGUGCAGUAGGUUUUGGAAAAUCAGGUAUUCAAACAAAGGAUAACCCAUUAGAUGAUGUGAAUAUCUUUGCACAGAUCCCAGAGAAUUGUAAUUUACCUGAAGUUGUACUUGACAGUGGUGCAGUUCCAGAAGUCAUUUCGCUAGCCAGCAUGGAAUUGUCUUGUAUUGACUCCUGUAAAAUACAAAAUGUUGUUUUGGACCUUACAACACUAAAUGACAUGCCUGCUCAACGCUGCCAGGGGAUUACUGAAUUUCAAACAAGUGCAUUUGACAAUUCUAGUUCUUGUUCUCACAAUAAUAAAAAACAAGGAAGUUCAGUGACUGUGUCUAAUCAAAAAAAUACUUCUGUACCUGACCUAUGCGCAGAGUCCACUUUCAAAUUGGCAUCGUUUACAAAUGUUGACCAGUCUCAGCAGCAGUGGAAUUCACAAUUUUCUGUGCUUCAGAAACAUUCUCAGGAAUGUACCUGGAAUCUAAUGUCUCCUGCCUUUUAUCCUCAAAGCACAAGUCAUAGCUUUGUAACUCCAGUUGCAAUCAGCCCAGGAAAGUGGAGGCCUGCUUCAAACUAUAGGAGUCUUGGGAAAAAAUACUCCUCUCAAGCAACAUCACAGUCCUGGGACAACAAUUCUCUGCCAAAGGCAUGGGGAAAUGUGGCUGGGAGCCAAAAAAAUGACUUUUCUCAAGUAUGCCAGCUCCCUGUUUGUCACAUGAUGAGAAGAAAAACUCCUCUCACAGGCCAUGUGCUGCUGCUUCUUAGAGGGGUUCCAGGAUCAGGGAAAUCAUAUUUGGCAAGGGCUUUGCUUGAGGAUAACCCUGGUGGUAUCAUUCUUAGUACAGAUGAUUAUUUUUACCAAAAAAACGGACAGUACCAAUUUAAUGCUGAUUGCUUAGCACAAGCACAUGAGUGGAACCAGAAACGUGCCAAAGAAGCAUUUGAAAAAAGGAUCACUCCAAUAAUAAUAGACAACACAAACACACAGGCUUGGGAAAUGAAGCCUUAUGUUGCUUUGUCCCAGGAACACAAAUAUAAAGUUAUAUUUCGUGAACCGGAUACCUGGUGGAAGUUUAAACCCAAAGAACUAGAAAGACGAAAUGUUCAUGGUGUAUCAAAAGAAAAGAUCAAAAGAAUGUUGGAACGGUAUGAACGGUGCUUGACUGUCAGUUCAGUUUUCAAUUCUUCAGUCCCAGAUGAAUUGAAGAGUGCUACCUGUGAUGAAGUUCUCCUUCAGGAAAAGGGACAGGGGAAGGAAGAGAUGACUCCUUAUGGGAAGAACAAGGAACUUUUUGCUUCACCUUCGAAAAGUAUAGAAUUAAAUAUGGAUGAUAAGCGUCUGCUGCAGAAAGUUACACUGGAAAACCCAACUCUCCUGAAUAAAAAUAGAGAACCAGAGUAUCAGGUACAAGAGUGUACUACUAAAUGUAGUAUCUCUCCAGAAGACUUGGAUAUUUAUACAUCAAAAAGGAGAGACAAAAUUGAUUCUGCUCUUGAAACAGAAAUAAUUAAGACUGACUUAGCAAAAUCUGAGGAAAGUGAACUCUCACAUUUCGGUAUCAGUGAAAAUAUUCAGAAGUACAGCAAUAAGGAAGCAAAAGCUCAAAUUGAAGCAAAUCAGUGUACUGAAGUACUAACAGCAGCAGUGUUAAAACAGAGAAAAAACAUGAAUGAGGGAGAUGAGAGCUCAGUAGGGCCAGAGAUAGUAAACUUUGUGGGAGACUGGCCAGUAGAACAAACUAUGGGGCAGAGAGUGAAAAGAACUAGAAGGCUAGAAAAAUUUACUAUAAAAAAUGACAAAGAGGAUAAAGGUGUAAGCAUGCCAAAUGUUGAUGCAUUAAAGAUUCUAGAUGAAGAUGAAAAAGUGGACCUGAUUAAUUUUCAUAAGGAGCUGCCACUUUCUGGAAAUAAGCAGGAAGCAACCAAACAAUCAUCUGCCUUUAUGUGUGGUGAUGAUACAGAAGAUACAUUAGGACAGCUGAUGAUAGGAGACUGGCCUUUCCAAAACUCUUUAGAGCAAAGACAACACAAAAUGAAAAGAAUACUGAAGAAAAGCCUUAGUGAAUCGGAAGAGAUUAGAAGUAGUCAAUGUGAUAUCAACAAAAGUGCUCUGAAUGCAGAUGUUCUUCCUAGAACACCUGCAGCAACUGGAGAGCUACAUGUCUCAUCAAAGAAGGAAAGUUUUCUGGCACUUGAAAUCUCUGCUUCUGAAACUGUUAGUCAGAAAAGGCCUGUGCAGAACAAGAGAACACGCAAGCAUCAUAAAUUAGCCCUAACAUUUACCAACAAUUUGCCCCUCAAUAAACCAGAGGAAGAACUAUCUCUGUCAAAUUUGCUGGAAGAGAAACCUGAAGAAUGUAUCAGGACAGACGCCAGUAAGUAUUCACAGACAGAGCCCCAAGAUUUUGCUCUUCUGUGGAGGCUUGAAAGGAAAAUUAUUGUUUCCGAGGAUACCAAAGUGUUACAUGGGAAACUAGAUGGAUUCAUACCAAAAGGAGUUCAUGCUGUUUCAGAUUGUCCAGAAAAAAUACCCUAUAAAGUAAGCUAUGAGAAAAGCACUUAUGUAGAAGACAGUGAACUUGUCACUAUUGAUGAAGCAGAGAAUCUAAAUAUUUUGUGUACACUCUUUGGGUCCUUUUCAUUUGAUGCACUAAAAGACUUGUAUGAAAGAUGUAAUAGGGACAUUGAUUGGGCUACAGGGAUCUUGUUAGAUUCUGAUGAGAAGUUGUGCAAAGAUGAUGAGGUUGGAUGCUUGCAGGAAGCAGGAGUUCAGCCCCCUGGCAAGACUCUUGACUUCAAGGAAAAUUCUGGUUGUGGAGAGAGACAUACAGACUCUGAAAAAGCCACUCAAGUAGUUGUGACGUCUAGAAUUAGUCAAGAUUCAGAAAUAAUGAAUCUCUCCAUUGAUGAUGGAGGUAAUGGAAUUUCUAGAAUAAAAGAGGAAGUACCCAACUUUUUAACUGCUCCCCUGGCAAAAAGCAAAAAUGCCACGCAGUGUGCUCUGAGAGCUCAUGUAAAAGAAUCAGGAAAUAAGAAACCUCUCUUAGAUACCACACAUACAGAAGAGAUGAACUCUGUUACACUAUCAGAAAAUGAGCAGCAGAACCUGGCAUCGCAUAUUGAAAUGGACUUAAGUGUUCCUAUAACCAUACCUGAUGAUUUUAAUGGCAGACCUAACACUUUGAAACCUAUUUUUGAUGUGAAAAUAGACAACGGAUCUUCAGAGGAACAUCAAGAGUGUUCAGUAAUAGAAGAUGUAGCUGUGCAGGAGCUACCAGCUGAUCUAAUACUUACAAAGGCCUCUGCAAGCAAGGGAGACAAAUUUGAGGUCUACAGAGAAAUGAACUGUGAGCCAAUGUUUUUAAUUGCAGCAAAAAAUGAAGAAAACAGGAUACCUAAUCAAGAUGAUGAUAAAAAUAAAUUAGUGAGCCCCACCCCUGUAUCACAGUCUGUGAACAUAGAUUGCCUAGAGCUGGUCUUGCCUCCUGAACUAGCCAUUCAACUAAGUGAAAUAUUUGGACCUGUUGGCAUUGAUUCAGGAUCUCUAACUACUGAAGAUUGUGUGGUUCAUAUUGAUCUGAAUUUGGCCAGAGAAAUUCAUGAAAAAUGGAAAGCAUCUAUUACGAAGCGACAGAGGAGAGAAGAGGAACUGAACAAGCUUCUUGAAGAAGAUCCCAUGCUGUUUGAGCAAUUCUGUCUAGAUGAGCUGGACAGCGUCCUUUCUCAACAUACGAACUGUCAAGUACAAAAGUCUGAAAAACUACCUGUCAACGUACUGUCUGAAAACUCGGCACCUUCAGAAGUUUUUCCUUUCAUGGAUCACUGGAAUGUCCAGACACAGAAAGUGUCACUCCGCAAGAUCAUGUCGGAAGAAAUUGCCUUACAAGAAAAAGAGGACCUGAAACGUUUUCUAUUUAUGGCUAGAAAAGACUGUGCUGCCAAACUGAAAGAGAAGCAACUCCUGGAAAUAUUCCCAACCAUUAACCCAAACGUCUUAAUGGACAUUUUCAAGGACCACAAAUCUCAAAUUAUUCAUUGUGCUGCUGCUGCUUUUUUUUGGCUCAGUUAUUCUUUGGAACAAACUGUCCAGUUUCUGAAUAGCAUUCUGGAGGCAGAUCCAGUAAAAACAGUUGUAGCCACAGAAGCUUCUCAGGGUGCCACACGCUCUUCUUGCAAUACUUCAAUGUUACGAGAGAAAAAGGCCAAAAUGUCCAAGGAGCCAGAAGACAUUCUCAGUGAGAAGAUGUUCCAAGACUUUGAAUAUCCAGGAUAUGAUGACUUCAGGGCCGAGGCUUUUCUUCACCAGCAGCAUAGGCAAGAGUGCCUGAGAAAAGCUGGAGAGGCAUAUCGCAUGGGAAUGAAGCCUGUAGCAGCAUUUUAUGUGCAACAGGGUCGCCUUCAUGAGAAGAAGAUGAAAGAAGCUAACCACGAUGCCGCUGUGCAAAUCUUUGAGAAAGUGAAUGUCUCAAAGCUGCCUGAAAACCUUUUGGACCUACAUGGUCUUCAUGUGGAUGAAGCUUUGGAUCAUUUAUGUAGAGUACUGCAGGAGAAAACAGAAGAGUACAACCUGGCUGGUGGUAAGCCAUAUCUCUAUGUGAUCACAGGAAGGGGAAACCAUAGCCAGGGAGGGGUUGCUCGCAUCAAACCAGCAGUUAUGAAAUACCUCGCAAGCCACAAGUUCAGGUUCACAGAAAUAAAGCCAGGCUGCUUGAAACUCAUGCUGACGUAAGAGAAUGUCACCAAGAGGACUGUGAAAGCUGGCAUUACUGAGAUACAAGCAACUUCUAAAUAUAUUGUGGUUACUAUACUACUUUAAAAAAAUAUUUUAUUGGAAAUAUUUUAACAUUUUUAGCAGGUGUGUUUUUGUCAGCAUGUUUUUCCCAUCAAAACUGAAUGGAAUUUUUGCUUUUAAGGGAAAUAGUUUUAUAGGUCUUUUGCUAUUAAGAAGAACUGUACAUGUUGAAUAGCGCUUCUGUACGAGAACUGAACUUUCAAAGGGAAGGGAAGGCUCCAUUUAAAGAACAUCCAUGAAUAUUUCAAGCAUGGUAUUUUUUUAAUACUUGCCUUCCUUUGGAAGACGUGUAGCCAAUCUAGUGCCCUUCAGUUGUUUUUGACUACAAUUCCCAUCAUCCAUGGCUACUGGCCAUGCUGGGUGGGGCUGAUGGAAGUUUUAGUCUACAACAUCUGGAGGCCACUGUGUUGGCUACCCCUGCUCUGUAAGCAUUCAUUUUUAAGACUUAGAGCUAAGAUUGCUUCAGAUGCUUUGAAAUAAUUUAAAACGUUUUGAGUAAAAAAGAGUUACAAUGGGUCGAAGUGAUAAGAACUAACAAUUGUUUAUAUUCCAGUGUUUUUCAUGAGGGUUCCUUUGCCCAUACUCUUAUAGGCAAGAGGAAAUGUGUUCUUUGUUACAUUUCUCUGGGCUUAACAGGAAUACAAUGUCUGGUAUCUCAGUGAACGAUCUCAGAUUUCUGCAUCUUUGCUCCAUUCGUUCUUUACUCUCUUAAUAUAUUGAAAGUGUUGAUAAUACCGCCUGAUGAUAUGGUAGUGCUUUAUUGUGAAAGGACAUGGGUACCUGAGGAUCUUGACCUUUAUCUAAGUAAUGAAGAAUCAUUUCUGCCCUAUUUAUACGAUUGCCACUAGAAUCAGUGAAAUUUUAAAACAUCCGGUUGUUCUGAUAAAAUAAUUAUAAUAAUAUAAUAAUAAUAAUAAAUUUUAUUUUUCAGCCGCCUAUCUGUCCGGGUUAGCGACACUCUAGGCAACGAACAACAAGAAUAAAAACAAUACAUAUAGAUCAACAUAAUCAAAUUUUAAGCUAAAAAACCAUUCAUUAAUUCAAUUAUAACAUAAGUUAAUCUGUCCCAAUCUUGUAGGCCUGCCUGAACAGCCAGGUCUUCAAGGCUCGGCGAUAGCUGGACAGGGAGGCAGCAUGUCUGACAUCGAAAGGGAGAGUAUGCUGUUUGCCCCAUUGAUUCUGAUCCUGAGCUCUGUGGAGCUCAGUAUGAAAAGGGUCUUUCUUGUUCUCUUAAAAUGUUAGGAUCUGCCCCAUGAGCGCAAUGAGAGUGUGUACAGAGAACUGCUAACUGAAGUGCAUAGAGAUGCUUGCAGUGAAGCUCUUUUAGUGCAUUGUAACUCCUAUAUGUACAACAAAGCCAUUGGACUGGAUCUGUUUCCAGUUCUUCAGAGUGGGGGAGACUAUAAAGAAACUUCAUAUUCUCCAUUCGCUCUGCAGAAAAAUUAUAUAUAGAUCUGUUAGAAAAGACACCAGUGGGUUGACACUAUGUAAGAGCUUGCCAACUCCAGGCAUGCCAAUAUGCCAUUAACAGCCAUACAGAAAGAAGGAUUUCUGAAUGGCACGACUCCCAUCACAAUACUAGGCUCAUGAAGAGAGUUACAUCUACUGAAGUUCUCAUGUUUCUCCUGCUGUUGCAGCUGCUAUUGCUGUUAAAACAUACAAGGUUUCCUUCAGAUCAGGAAGCACAAAUGUGUGUCUCAAUGUUAGGAAUGCAAUUUCAUUUGAAAAUCUUUCAUUGUUGUUGACAAUGUAUUUUGUGUGGAUUAUUAAAUGUUAAUUUAUGGCUAAGAAUAAGUGGUUAUUAACUUGAAGGUGUUUUAAAAACAUUUUAAUAGCAAAACAGGAUGAUACUAAUGAUAAAUUUAAUAGGACUGACUCUCUCCUAUGAUAUUCAGUGCCUCUGUACUUAACAAAUUACUACAUAUAGAAAUAUUUUUAGAACAAGGUGAAAUUUAUUUUAAUGAAGAAAACUGAACAUGCAAUUAAUGUGUGUGUGUGUGUGUAUAUAUAUAUAUAUAUAUAUAUAUAUCUUCUUUCAAAGUGGAGAUGCAAGUGCUGUUUAGAAUUUUUUCCUUUUAUAAUUAUGGACCUUUGAAAACAAUCGAGGAUUACAUGUGAGCCAUUAUGCAACCACUGAUGGAGACUUUCCAUGGAGGCUUCCAUCAUUGGAAAGAGGAAGGAGGCAAUUUUUACAAUUUUCCCCCUUCCCUCUUGCAGCACCACCUCCUAUGCUGAUCUGAAGGAUGUUCUUAUCCUCUGGAGCAUAUUGGAGGAUGCAAGGAACUGUAUGUAGUAGGAAGAAUCUGUGGAAAUUGCCUCCCUCCCCACUCCACUGAUGAAAGCCUCUGCUGAAUCAAAGUUCCUUCCAUCAGUGGAGGAACUACUAUUGGUACAACACUUCAUAUCCUCAAGGUGCCAUUUCAGUAAAAAAUUUGAAGGAGUUUGUUUCUUUUACAUACAGUACAGCUGAAUUUACACAUGUAUGUUGUGUACACCAAUUAAACUGAGACAUUUUAGUACAUGUGCAACUAUUUAAAAGAUAAGCUACAUCAACCUACAGUUGUUCUGAUCCUUCCAAAGAGAUCUAUUAAUGGAAACAACCUUUUGCACACUGCAGGGAGAAAAGAAACUGAUCUGGUCCUUAGUGUGUUACCAGACUUGUGUACCACCUGGCAGACAUAGUUUUCUAGAUCAGAGCUUCAAAAUAUCUGUUCUACCACAGUGACAUCUUAGCUUAAUAAUGAACUUCUUAAAAGAUCUUUUUUCUCUAUUUAAAAAAUUACGAUGAUUAAUGUCAAGUGUGUCUGAAUAGAAAUCAAAUUGCCUUUGUGUAUGGAAUUAUGGGAGAAAAGCAAAUCCCUUUUCUGUUUUUAUAGAUCAAACAUUUUAAAUAUGUGAGUUGCUUGAUUGCUAGAUAAUUCUUCUUUUCUUUUUUACAUGGACUGCCCUAUAGCCAAAGAAAUUACUUCUGCUGUCCCCAUUGAAAUAAUUGGCAUUUUCAAACUUUCAGCUUUCUGUUUUACCAGAAUGUGUGUGUGUUCAUCCAAAUACUUAUUAAAGAAUCUAAUGUAAAUAAGAAAUGCCUCAUGAAUUACUGUUAUGGUAUAAAUAUGUCUGUGUGGUUAGGACAUCUGUUUUGCUUUAUGUACACAUGAUGCGAAAAUCACUGUUGGCUGUGAUUGCCCACUUCAUGUCCAAUUAGCUUGAACAGAUGUAUAGUGUUGAUUGCACAGGAUGGAGUACACACUUCUUUCCUACAUAGAAGAGGUAUCCAUGUAGAAAAACCAUUACAUGAAAAGCCCCAGAUUACUUACUCUUAAUACCCAGAUUUUGAUGUCAUAUUUUUCUUUUCAGAUGGUGAUACAAAUUGUGUUUUUUUACUAUACUAUUUAGAAAAUUUAAAACAUAAUAGGUCAGAUCCAGUGUUUUCCUUCUGGAAGGGACUGUGAUGCAGCAGAAGCUCCUGUUAGAGGAAGGGAGAGGCAUUUUUUUAAUGAUUUCUCCCAUGCCUUCUCCUAUACUGCUCCAGAGGGUCACCCAUCUCUGAGGAAUAGCUUUUCAGAGGGUACAGGAGGAAGAAGGCAUGUCCCAUGAACAGAGUUCUGCUCACAGGAACUUUGGAUCCAAGCGAUUGUGGCUUUGUACAAAACACCCUCCUCCCAAUAGAACCUGCCAAGUGGAAAUGGCUGCUGGAUUAUAGCCUCCAGUUCCCUCUCCCCCAAAAUGUUUUAGCAGGUUAUUAUUUAAAAAAAAUCCCUGUGUAAUAUAUCUAUAUAUUUUCAGAGGAAAAAAUACAGUUGAAGAAACUGAAACUGUAUCUGAAAGUACCUGUAAAGAUGCUAACUGUUCUCUUAAAUGUCUCAGAAAGACUUCCAUCAUUGUUUUGUUUCUUUUAGUAUUUUACUGUGUUUAAUUAAAAACAAGUCAAGACUUCUUAAGCUUGGGAAGAAUUAUAAUUUCUGUGUACCCAUUUUUUAUUAUUAUUAAAGUUGUCACAUUAAUUUCCCAAGAAGAUAUACUGAGCAUAUUAGGGUCAUUGCUUAUGAUGCAAAAAAAUAUAUAAAUGUUUUAUUGAAAAGAGAUUUAAAAGUACUCAGGGCAGUGGUUUCUGUGAAAGUGCCUAUGGAAACGAAAGCCUUCCAGUGUCAAAACAUUUUCAAAAGAUAUUAUUGUGGAUAGAUAUUUUAAAUAUUAACCUUAUGUCUGCAAUUCAGGUUUCAAAACAUUACCUAUUCUUUCUUCAUUGACUGAAAAGAACGUUCCACAUGCUAUAUAAACUUCAACAUGCUGUGGUAAAAUAUUAAAGACUGGUGUGUGUAUGUGUGUAUACACAUAUAUACACACACAUUUACUACUUUUGCAAGGAUGAACAAACACGUGAAAUAGGUGAUCAUAUAUAUUGCUUUCUAUAAUUACUGCAGUCACAGCAGCUCUCUUUCUGGCCAUGACAAUUAUGGAAAAUGCUGCUAGUCAUAUGUGAGUGUAUAGCUCACAUAAACAUUUUUCUAUGUAAACCUGUACCUGAGGAUGGGUGGAAAGGUUUGCGUUGAGAAAAUUUUACUCUUUUCAAAAGAAAAAAAUGGAGUCUCAACUACUGAACAAGGGAUUAUAUUACUCUACCCUCAAAGUGUAUACAGAUGAAAAAUUCAGCAUUGUACCUUCCAGUUGUCACAAGAAUAUGGCCAGUAUGUGGGUGAAUUUCUUUAUUUUUAAUUUUUGUAAGUGUUCUGAUAUCUUGUCUUUUUUGUAAUAUUUGGUUGUUAGAACAUAGAA